AUGGAAGAGCUCUUUGAUGAUUUAAUUUGUCUUGAUGAAGAAGGAGAAUCGCUGGAAUCUAGCACGAGCGAAAAUUUACUAGAGACCAAACAAAAAACUCAUCAUUCUGGGAUGCAAUCAGAAUCAUGUGCAAAUCACCGCAAGAAGCAUGAUAAUAUUCCACGAUGUCGCUUUUCUGGUGUCAGACAAAUGUCUCCUAGAUAUUGUUUUCAUGAGAAAACGUCUGAUGUGACACGGAACGACUUUUAUGGAGAUGCAAAAUCUAGUAGAGUGGGAAAUACGGAUGAACUUACUAUCGACAGAAAUUUUUUAGAAGUUGAUAGCUGCGAAGGAGAUGACACUGAUUUCUCAGAGUCAGGAAACCACUCACCAGGAAAGGGAGAGAAUAGGGUCGAUGUUAAUCAUGUAAGCUUAACAUCAUCAAUGGCUCUACAAAUAUAUGGUGAUGAUGAAGAUUGGCCUUAUCUUUCCGGCGAUGUUGAUGAGGAAGCCGUACGAUUAGCAGCAAGCUUGGACGCGGACGUAACUGAGGCAAAAGAUGACUCACAACAGGAUCAGUGGAAGGAAUGGAAUGCAAUGGAAAUGGAAAAGAGGACCAACAGAUGGGAUACACAACCAUAUUGUAACAGCAAUGGAUCAUCUCAUCACAGCAAGACUCCAGAUAAGCUUGAUGACUCGAAACGACCAUUAAGAAAAUUUUCUCCAUUCGCAUCAAGUAGAGAACGAUCAGUAGUGCAUGCACAUCGUGAAGCAAGUCAUCAUGUGGUGGACAAUGAAUAUUCGCGAUACCGUCGUCAAGAGCUAGUGAAACACCAUGAAUUAUCGGGACGACGGGAUCGUAUGGAGCGUAUUUCACUUUUUAUGUCUUCACGAAGUCGUCGAAGUUCUCUGCAGACCAGGGUUGGACCAUCAUUACUUUAUUCAAGGAAGACGUAUGUGCCUUAUCCUAAUUCCUAUAGAAAGGAAGAUCUAUUGAAAAGAUCUAGUGGAAUCAGUGGUGUCGUUAUCAAACGGUCGUAUCAAAUCAAGACCCAGUUAUUGGACAACGAUGCAAAAAAAAAAAAAAAAUUUUCGAAAAAACCUGAACAUGAAGAAAUUCCGAAGAAAAAGUUGCGAUGGAUUUUGACUACCAAUCAAUUUCAACCUGGUGGAAAGGAAAGUUUCGUGGAACAUAAGAACCGCAGUUAUUCAGAGGCAGUUUCAGGAUGUCAAAUUACCGCCGUGAUAAAUAGUCGUCAGGAUACACUAAGAAGAAAUCCAAUCAAAUUACGGCUUCCUAAUCUUCCGUUACAUGAUUUCUAA